UUCAUUUAUGAAUAGAAUUUUUGUUCACGUGGAAGGGAAAGGGCCCACCGAAAUGUUUUCAUUCUUUCACAUGACUAUACAAGAGUAUUUUGCAGCCCUGCACUGUGUGAUUUGGAUGUCUCCAGACCCCGAGGAACUUAUACAAUGCUUGGAUCUCUGGUGCUUUGGGAAUCAUCCACAAGAGCCAGUACAAAGUCAGCUCCUGUCGUCAUCUAUGAAAAUUAUAACUGCCAAGCAGUGGGAGAAUCUAGAAAUCUUCUCUAGAUUCUUCAUGGGAAUUCUCUCCAACAGAAUUGAAGGGAAAUUAAAGGGGCUGGUGGAUUGUCUGAGUGCUGAUAUUCUUGGUCCCCUUGCCAAAUGGUUUAAAGGAAAAAUUAAAUAUGCAGUCAACCGGAGACUCCUAAAUCUUUUACAUUGCCUUAGGGAACUUCAGCGAAACACAGUAGUGGAAGAAGUAGCUCCUGACAUUAAUGAGGUCAACUUGUUCAAGGUUAUCCUAAACCCUGCGGACUGUGCUACCCUCUGCUAUGUGUUGCAACAUUCCACCACCAGACUUAAAAUCUUAAACCUUGGCUACACGAAUAUUGGCAUGCAAGGGCUUCGAAGGCUACAGCCAUUGCUCCAUCGAUGUCAAACACUCCACUUACGCUAUAAUUCUCUUGACAAGGACGCUGCAAUCAUGGAGGCCGACGUGCUAAAAUCUUCCACUUGUCAAGUUAAAUGCUUACUGAUGUGUGGCAAUCAUAUUGGCUCUGAAGGUGUCCAACACUUAUGGGAAGCACUGAGUUCCAAUCAGACACUGGAAGAGCUGUAUGUGGACAUCACAGGAAUAACAGACAGCGGCCUAGAUAACUUACUUCCCUGUCUUACGAAGAACACAACUUUACGUCUGCUAACGAUCGUAGGUAAUAAUUUGAGUGAAAGGAGCAAGCAGCUCUUGGUGACAGUGCAGAGACAAAAGCCCACCUUGAAGAUUCUCAGCAGUUUUCUAAGUGACAUGGGCCUUCUGCAGGCAUAUCUGGACUGGGUACAAGAUCUUAAAGAGGAUCCACAGCAAAUGGAGUCAGCAAAGAACGCGGACGCCUUGCGCAAUAUCUUGGCUGAACUUGGAAAGGAGGACCCUGGAGGGAAAGACAAGGAUCUUAUAGAAAGGAUUGAGAAGUUGAAGUUUGAGAUAAGCCGCCUCUUGCAAACUUCCCCCGUAGCUCAGUGACAAUAAAAAUAAUGCAGACUGGUCAAUGAUUUUAGAUGCGUGCAAUAGACUCUCAGAGGCCUUGGCAUGUACAUUAAGCUGUUCUUAAAAUCAGCCUAAAAUUUCAUAAUGUGCACAUUAGAUCAGCCAAUAGAAUUUGAACUGCCGCGCAAUCUAACAAGUUAUUCACUGUGAAGAAAUGGCUAGGGAAUUGUAAAAUUUGGACCAAAAUAGCCAAACUCAAAAAGAUUUAAUUAUUUUUCCAUCUUUUCUCAUACUCCACGGUGGGUGUCAAUAUACCUAGUCCCUAACUUUUAGGGGGGGGGAGGGGGGAGCCUGUAUACGUAUGUAUAUAUUUCUCAGUAUAUUAAAUAAAUCCGGUAAGUAACAGAGUGCAAAUUAUAGGAAUACAGUCA